UAUAUGUCGUCGUUGAUUCAACUGAUCAUUGAGAGAAAUAUAAAAGAAAAUUUAACACUCUCUAUCUCUCUUUAAUUCUCUCAAGUCAAAUCUUUUAAGCCUUUUAAGCCAGUUUACUCUUACAAAGUUCAAACAGAACCUUGAACAUAACGUACGCUCUGGCACUCUCCUAUAUAACAUUACUCUCUCACAGGAUUCACUACUCUCUCUCUCUCUGUCACACACACACACCCAGAACUCCAAUCUAGCCAGCUAGCUAGCUCUCUUAUUCAUGUUAACGAUGCGGCACCAACCUCGACCCUCACCACGGCCACACGAAGCCAUGCAGCGGAAGAAAGCAGAAGCUGAUCAUAGAGAGAAAAAACCCAAGUUCUGCAUCAACGACCAUAUAGACAUCCUAAUAGAGAUCCUCAAGCGCCUGGACGGGCCGUCCCUCGGCGUCGCUUCCAGCGUCUGCCGCCUCUGGUGCACCAUUGCCCGCAGUGACUCCAUCUGGGAGCACCUCUGCUUCCGCCACGUCUCCUCCCCACCCCCAUCAUCCCUGCGAACCAUCGUAGUCGCUCUCGGAGGUUACAAGCAGCUCUACAUGGUGUGCGUCCGACCCGUCCUGAGUCGUCUCCUCCACUCGGACCUGGUCAGGAGCCGUGUCUGGACACGUGACGAGGUGCAACUCUCCCUCUCUUUGUUUUGCGUCGAUUACUAUGAAAGAAGACUGCUCGGUGAUACCUCCCCAUCGUCGCUCAUGUUCCUCUGCAAGCCCGUGAACGUCUGACCAAGGAUCCAUCAUUAAUCAAUCAAAAUAAUAGUAAUAAAUAAAUGGAAAUAUUUGUUAUAUUAAUUAUUUUUAUUUCGAUUUUCACUAUAUAUAUUCAUUAUUUAGAAAAAACGAUAUUGUUUUCUUAAUUAUAUACGUUUGUUAUUAAGUAUGUUGAUCUUCUAUGGAGGAAAAUUAUUUGGAGAUGUAAGAAAUAAAUGUAUAUGGUCGGUCAUGUGGACGGUAGUGAAAAUAUAGAAGCUAAUUAGCUGGUGAGCCCUAGCCGGUAUGUCGAUGGUCAAGGUACUUGACCAGAGUGCCAUUACUACUACUGGCCGGCGGUAAAAUUCUCUUUCUCUUGCCUUUUGUCUCUAUUUAGACUAGAGUCAGCAUCAUAAACUUUGUCUCAGCCGGCCACUUAGUUGGUCCCAUAUAAUUGAUAUAAAAUAAAAUGAAAUGAUCUAUUUUCUCCAAA